AUGAUUGCUAGACGUGCUGCUGACAAAUGGGAGCAAAUAUUCCAUAAUACACAUGAAUCAAUCCAAAUGGCAAUACAGUUCGAGAGUGCUCAAAAUUUUGACAAGAUCCUUGAUAGAUUAAAUAAAUAUUGUCCAGGUUUGCACUACGGAUCAGAUGGAAAGUAUAUUUUCAAAACAAAUAACAAGGUAUCAGUAUAUAAACUACCUGAUCAAUACAAUAAUCUUGCAGAAUUAUCAAAUUUAAUGUUUUUUAAGCAUACUCAGCCAUUGGAUCAAUCAUUAAUGCAGAUUGGUAUCAACAAAGAUGCAAUGGUUUUGAAUAUCAAUCAUAUAGCAAGUGAUGGUAUGUUCCUUCAUAAAAUCUUCGAUGUUAUUAAAUCUGAAGACGAAAUUACAACUAUCCCUCAAAUUGUCGCAACUGAAAAACAAUUUGAAAAAGAAAUCAAAGAAUACACAGGAAGAAAAAUCCCAUUCUUCUCUGUUGAUCAUUCAUUAACAAGAAUUCACCCGAAGAUCAAACAAGAAUUUCAUUCAAACAUGAAAUCAGCUAAUAAUCUUUCAUAUACAGAUAGCAAGAAUUUAAUGACAACCAAAAUCAAUGGCAAAGUUUCUCAAAUGACAGAAAACUUUUGGAUUUCUGUAAUCUUAUCAACAUUUGCGUUCAAUGAUAAAAUUGAUAAGGCAGGAGCUUGUACAAUGGUUAACUUAAGACCAUUUUUGCAAUCAUUCAAAGACACAGAGGUUACUUGUUCUUUUUCAAGUGUUGCUGUAACAUCAGAUGUUUCGGAAUCUAUGGAAGUUUCUGAGUUAAUGAAGUCAUUAAGAAAGAAUUUCGAGGAAAGAAUUAAGAACAAAGAAUAUAUUGGAUUCAUCAAAUCACUUCCUGAUGAAAAUACAAUAUUUGAUACUUUCCUAGGUUUAGGACUUGAUAUCUCUCUUAUUCAAAAGUUCAAAUUGAAUGAUAAGAUGAAUGAUUUGUAUAUUGGCCUAAAUGAAGCUGAUUUUGGAUUUUCAGAUCUGCUUUCAAUCACAGGAUAUUCAGUGGAAAAGGAUGGAACUAAUAAAAUUAUGAGCAACGUUAAAUUCUCACCAACGACUCUUGGUGAAUUAGAAGGAAAAGUUCUUUCAAGAUCAAUCAUCUUUGGUCUUGAAAGUAUACAUCCAGAUAUGACUGUCAAGAAGGCGGUUGAAUUGCUCCAAGAAUAUCAGAAUGGACUUCAAAAGACAUUAGAAAGUCCUAUUAUCAAAUAUUUAGACUAA